ACAUUUUCAACAGCUAAAUGAUUGAUAAAAAGCAAGUGAGUUGAUAGAAGUAAAUAAAUAAAAAUAUCCAUCUUCAAUGUAAUUAAUUAAUUAAUUAAAUAUAAGUGGUACAGUAAUUAAGCACAAAUUUCUUCGUCGAAUGCAGUUUAAAUUUGAAAAAUAAUUUAUUGAAAAGUUAUAUUUUAAACUAAAAUAUUUUUACUAACCAAAAAAUAUCUCCAGAUUUUCCAAUUCGUUGCUAUUUGACCUUCAGCAUAAUAACAGAUAGAAAUUCACCGGGUGAUGAAAAAAUUAAAUCCGUGAGCGCAUUGAGAUCUGAAGUUACAAGCAACAAGUACACGCAUUUGAAUUUAAACUAUUAUUAUUUUAUAAAAUGGCGAAACAUCAUGCGGAUUUAAUAUUCUGUCGAAAACAGCCGGGUGUUGCUAUUGGACGUUUGUGCGAAAAAUGCGAUGGAAAAUGUGUGAUUUGCGACAGCUAUGUACGUCCUUGCACCCUCGUAAGAGUUUGUGACGAAUGUAACUAUGGUUCCUAUCAAGGACGAUGUGUUAUUUGUGGAGGGCCAGGAGUCUCGGAUGCUUAUUACUGUAAAGAAUGUACUAUUCAAGAAAACGACAGAAACGGAUGCCCAAAAAUAGUUAACUUGGGCAGUUCUAAGACUGACCUGUUCUACGAAAGGAAAAAAUAUGGAUUUAAAAAACGUUAAAUUUAAUAAAUUAUACUAAUAAUGAUAAUUUUCAAAUUUUGAUAAUUAAAUAAAAAAAUAGACAUCUU